ACGUCACAAAACAAACAAAUAAAAAAUCUGCUAAGCAAUCAAUCAAUCUCCUCCUAGUCUCCCUUUCGUCCAUUCUCUUGGUCUCCAGCAGGAGGCUCCGCCGUGCCCAAUGUUCACUGCAGCAGUGACCGAGGAGGAGGAGACGGUUGCCAGCCCGAAGGAUGUCAUGAUGGCGGAGCAUACAGAGUUGGGAGUCCGGGAAAGGUGCAUCAUUAUGCGGGGGAAGGAAGAGGACCUCGACACGCAGAUGCACGAGAAAAUGAAGGGCGACAUGGAGGCGUCGCUGGCACCCACGCUUGGAGACCCGGCCAUCCAAUGUCGGGACGUGUGCCGUUCGUAUGGAAAACUUAAAGUUCUGAACAACCUCAACCUCACUGUGCCACAGGGGCAAAUCUACGGCCUUCUUGGCCCAAGCGGCUGUGGCAAGACCACCAUGCUGAAAUGCAUCGUGGGAACACUCACCAUCUCCCAUGGUCAUAUCAGCGUUCUGGGGAAGCCGCCGGCAUUUCCCGGCCAUGGCGUGCCAGGCAGGAUGGUGGGCUACAUGCCACAAGAGCUGGCCUUGUACAAUGAGUUCACCAUUAGCAACACGCUUUACUUCUACGGGCGAAUCCACGGACUGACGUUAAGGGAAACCCAGGCCCGUAUCAACUUCCUCGUUGAGUUCUUGGAUCUGCCGCAGAAAGACCGACUGGUGCGCAAUCUUAGUGGUGGGCAAAAGCGUCGGGUGUCCCUGGCGGCAGCGCUCCUUCAGAAUCCCGAACUGCUUAUUCUUGAUGAACCCACAGUGGGAGUGGACCCCGUGCUCCGGGCCAAGAUUUGGCAGCAUCUGGUGGACAUUGUUAAAACAGGCAAAGUAUCCGUCAUCAUCACCACGCACUACAUCGAAGAGGCCCGGCAAGCCAACGUGGUGGGCCUAAUGCGUAACGGCUGCUUGUUAGCUGAAGGAACUCCAGAAGCAGUCAUGAAGAUGCAAAACUCCACCACUCUUGAGCACGCCUUCCUGCAACUGUGCGAAACUUCGGACCAGACGAGCGUUAAGCAAAGCUCUGCUUCGCAAGACGACGUGUUGGGGAACAGCCAAUCGUUUGAGAGCGGGCGUGACGAGAGCCAGCCCAUUCUCAACAAUGUGACCAAAACCCCCUUAGAAGUCGUCACCCAUACAGUGGACUGGAAAACACGGGUGAGACAUGUGAUCCCCAAGUGGAGAAACAUCACUGCUCUCACCGUCAAAACUUUACUGCGAAUGAAGCGGAUGCCAGGCGCCAUUUGUUUCCAGUUCCUGCUGCCCGUCAUCCAGAUGUCACUCAUCUGCUUGUGCGUGGGUGGAGACCCGAAGGGGAUCCAGGUUGCCGUGGUCAACAAUGAAACCUCCCCCUUGGCUUUUAGCCAAUCGCUGCUCUCCUUUUUGGACAACAGCAGUGUGGAGCAGGUGAACUUGCCUCACACGGAGGCUUUCCAAGGGAUCUAUGACGGAAAAUACUGGGCCGUCAUCGGCUUUGAUCAGAACUUCAGCAACUGCAUUAUGAAAAGGAUGUUAAUGAAGAAUGUGUCCAAGGAGGUGAUAGAUGGAGGUUCUGUGCAUGUCUGGCUGGACCAGACCAACACACAAAUUGCCAUGAUUCUGCAGAAGAAACUCUACGCGGCUUUUCAGGAUUUUGUGGAGGCCAAGCUUGGCAGCAUGUCCUACAAGUAUGCUUUACCAAUAAAGUAUGAGGAGGCCAUUUACGGCAGCCAGAACAUCGACUUCACUACAUUUGUGAUGCCGGGCGCUGUUCUCAGCAUCACCUUCUACUUGGCUUUGGGUCUGACUGCCCUCUCUUUCGUCCUGGAGAGAAAAGAGGGUCUUCUGGACCGCUGUUGGGUCGCAGGCGUAAGUUCGCUGGAGACCAUGCUUGCACAUCUUUUCUCUCAGCUCUUCGUCAUCAGCGUUCAGAUUGUCCUCAUGCUGCUCUUCGUCCUUCUUGUCUUCAAGAUGCCAAACGAAGGUUCGCUUGUUCUGAUCGUGCUGCUGAUCGUGCUGCAAGGCAUCACCGGCAUCUCAUUUGGCCUGGUCAUCUCAGCCGCCAUCGAUGACGAGCAGAAUGCCAACCAGGCGGCGUUGGGAAUCUUCUACCCCAACUUGAUCAUGAGCGGUAUCAUCUGGCCUGUGGAGAGCAUUCCCUACCCGCUGCGUUACCUCAGCCUGGCCCUGCCACAAACCUACGCCUCGCAAGCACUGCGAUGCAUCAUGUACAGAGGUUGGGAUCUGACUCACAUGAUGGUUUGGCGAGGCUUUGUCGUCACUCUGGGCUGGAACACUUUCUUCAUCGUUGUGGCAACCCUCAUCUUGAAGCUCAGGAAGUGAACAUACGCACACCCAGAAUGCAUGGGAAAUUUUUGUACAACCUUGUACAUCAGAGCAAAGGCAAUGUAUGGCCUGCUCCAUGUUUUUUUAAACAAGUAUUCCAUCCUACAGGGACAAGUUGUUAUUUUCAAAGAUUUACUUCAAUUUGGAGAGAGAAAGACAGACAGAGAGAGAUACAGAGAUAUGGUAAAAUAUAAGACGUUAUUUUAUAAGGGUGUAACGGUACAUGUAUUUGUAUUGAACCGUUUCGGUACAUGGUGCUCGGAGGCAUACCGAACGAGUUUCUGAUGUAAUGUAACCCUUACUUUUCAAGGCUGUGAGUCGAUCGGGUUACAGUUUCUUUGUGUAGAUUAUAUUUACUCCGUCUUCGCUACUAUAAUGAGGACCUACACGGUAGGACAGUAUAACCCAGAAACGUCAACGGCGCGACAACGUGGUUGCCACGAGAAUGUAGUGAAACACGGGCGUUAAAGUCAAUCAGCCAAUGCACACCAGUCGCAGUGCGGCCGCGUGUUAGACGCGUCCCAGAAGCGGCUCAACACGACGCACGCGAAAAGAACGGCAGAGUUUAUUAUUUGACGUGAGACGCAACAGACCGGAAGUCACUCGUGUAAAAAUACGGUGGAUCCGGUCGAUUUUCAAAUUAAUAUGCAAUCGUAACCCACUUUUUGAGUCCACCAGUUCUCUUGAGUGGUAGAUCGGGGCACAGUUGACUUGUCUUUGUUGAUUUACUGCUGUCUUCUCUGCUAUAAUAGUAACCAACAUGGCCCUGUGUUCUAUCCAAAACCCUCCUACCACAACAAAAGAAGUAGGAACUAAUUUUCACAUCGGAACUAAAGUUAUACAACAUAAAAUAUACAUAAAAUAUACAAUAUAAAUGAAUACUACAUUACAUUUGUAAAAUAUAAACACAUAAUAAAUUAAUAAUAGCCCAUUUAAAUAAAAAAAAAAAAAAGCUAAAACACCUGUAAUUAAAUAAUAAGAAUAAUACACAGAUCCUGCUUACAUAAUUAAAAUUAUUAAUUUCUGUGUGGCGCUUUAACUUGAGAAAAUUCACCAAUAAAGCUUUUGAAAACCGUUCAUUAAAAAAAAAAAGAUUCAUUGAGGCAUUUCAUUUGUAAAAUACAUGUUAAAAUCUUUAUCACUGGGAUUGCUUUUCUCUUCAGCACAGGACUUCUUUUUUCUUCUUUCUUUCAGAAAGAAAGCUGACCAAUACGUGGGGUCUGAAAGGCAAAUUGUUGUUCGAUUAUCUUUAAAUAUGCGCUACGUUUUGAGCAGAAUUCUAGCUUUGUAUAGGCCAGGGGUCAUGAAUUAAAAAUCCGCUGGGUCCGAAAUUAAAAAAUUAAAACAAUCUCGGGUCCGGAAAUAUUUUUAAUGCUUCUUUUUUUCCCAAAAAUACAAACGUAUCUUUACGUGGCCAUGCUUAUAAUUACAACAUUCAAAAAUGUAAAUAAAAUAUAAAAAAUAAAUUUAUAGUAAGUAAUAAAUAAUAUUUGAUAAUAAUUAAUUAGUAAUAAAUAAUAAAGCGAUCAUAUUGAGCCCUUAAUUCCGCUAUUUUUUGAGAACAGAUGGCAGAGUUCAUAGGGAAACUUUGUGAAAAAGCUGCGUACUUCGUUUCAUAGUGCAUUUUCAAAUGGCUGCUUUUUACAAGCGCUUCCGUUGUUCGGCCAUUCCUUACUACAAGGCGAAACGUCUACACAAGACGGUUGCAAGCAUCCGCACGCAUGCGCACAUCGGUUAGAAGCGGCGAGUACUCACUAUUUUUGUUUUUAUUUAGUUUUUUAGAACCUUGUCAUUGCCAGAAAAAUACUUUUUGCAUGUAUUACCCUCUCAUACUUUUAACCAUUGUGGCUUUUUGUGUUAGCUUUGAAGCAGUUGACCACAUUAGUCACGUAACGUAUUUUAACCGUCCUUAUUUGGUAUAACUGCAUUUAAGUAUUUUCUUAAGGCAUUUUUGAGUACGUUCUGCCUGUAUGCAUCCAAACAAAACAAGUUUAGCGCGCACGGUAGUACUUUGGUCGUCAAAUUCGACUACGUUUCGCCAAUGUAGCAGAUUUUGGUAGGACACCGUCUCUGAACAGAUGAGGAUUGCGGGCUUGUGCUGCCGCCAGGUAAAAUAAACAAAAAUGUGUUGGUCUACUCCUCCUUAAACACUGUUUUCUGCACCAAUUUUGCGUAGUUUUGAGCACGCCAUUUGCCGUACCUUUUCGCCCUUUCCUCCAACUUCAUUCGGCUCAGUUUUUGGCUGUACAUCCGCGGAGUCUGGAAAGCAAGUGUGAGACAUGCUUUUCUAAAAAUAACUUUCAAAUGCUUCACUCCCAUUGGCUGGCUCACGCACGUCACCGCUAAGGUUUUUGUUUGUUGCCCAUUCCGCGCUCUGCAAACCCGGAGAAAAAAAAUAUUUUUGUUGAUGCAACGUGUAUUAGUCCGGACAGCUUGAGAUCCGGUCCAGACGGCGUAGGGGUCCGGAACCGGACCGAGGUCCGCGGUUCCGUGAUCUCUGGUAUAGGCUAAGGUUCCUAUUGUUGAAAGCACAAAGGUGUGUAAUAAACAACGAGCACGUUUAUAUUUUGUAUUUUGUUUUCUUACUGUACCGAAAAUGAACCGAACCGUGACCUCAAAACCGAGGUACGUACCGAACCGAGAUUUUUGUGUACCGUUACACCCCUAUUAUUUUAUCACUAAAAAUUGUGUUUUAUUUCACAACAAUGAAUAUAAUAUGGAUGAAAUAUCAUUAAACAAAACUGAAAAUGGGGAUAUAUUAUUUUUAAUUAUAUUACCCAAAUCAAUGAAUUUCUAAUAUUAAUCUAGCCAUUCUUUACCGUAACAAUUGGUUAUUUAAAAUGUAUUAUUUCAUCUUCAAAAAAAUAAUAAUAAUAAUUAAAUUGACCUAUUUCACAUACAGUGCCUUGCAAAAGUAUUCGGCCCCCUUGAA